AUGGUUGCAUCUUUAUUAUUAUUAUUAGUAUUGCUGGUUUCCAUACCGGCAGCGUCCGGUCGCAAGACUACUAGUACUACAGGAGGCGACGGUCGCGACAUUCAAGUGAUUAAUGAUUCGAAUGCCAAGGUGGAUAUCUUUUGGGUUCAUCCCACAACGCGCGAAUUACACAAGAGUAUAGAGGACGGGAUAUUGAAAGGCACGGAUGCCGUCAUUAACAGUUUCAAGCACCACGAGUUUGAAGUUCAAGAAGUACCCCGCAAAUCCACGGGAAGCUGUCGUGAGAGCGAGUGUGCCAAAGCCCAUUUCAAGGUCACCACCAAAGACGAGCAACGAUUCAUUAUUGCAGCCGACUUCACCGUUACCUACCAAGAUACCCAAACACGAGCCUUGGAACAAGCCAAGAGGGUGUCCAGAGAGUGUCCCGUGCCCACCACACUAUUAGAAGACGACAAUACUAAUAGUACCAUGGACGAAUGGACGGCGUGUUUGCAACGCGAAAUUGAAGCCACACUGCGGGAACCACGGCAAGAAGUCCACUUUCAGGCAUCCGUUCGCCACGAUUUGGGACAACGAUUGGUAAAACAUGCCUGUCAAGACCAAGAACGCUUUCCCACCAGUAUUUCCACCCACAAUCAAACACUGCUGAAUUUGGGACCGGGCAAGAAUCCCACCAUGCGUGUCUUUUUUGAUUCCAACGACAAUCACAAGGUCGUCUUGUUGGAACGAUUCGUGUCGAAAGCUCAAUGUCAAUCCUUAUUGCAACACCCUUCCAACAGUGAUGGAACAACACUCGAUUGGGCUGCCUCCCAAAAGGACGCCACGGUCUCUGCGAUACUCUCUCGCAUCUACCAGUCAUUGAACCGGGUACUCGAUCACAAAGUUCCAAUCUCAGACAAAGCAUUCUGGAAGCACCAAAAACAGACGCAGACAACAACACACUUUCAAAUACAAACUCGAACGCCCUCACCAGAUGACGAACCACACGAGUUUGUGGCUCCGCCCAAUCUCCUGGGGACCAUUAUACUCUUUUGUCAGGUCCCCACCAAGGGAGGAGCCAUUCAUUUCCCAAAGGCAGGGACACACAUCAAACCAUACAAAGGGAGUGCCUUGUGGAUCACCUACCAAGCGCCAAACAAUAAUGACAACAAUAAACAACUAUUGGACGACAAGAAUGUCUUUACCAAUCAAUACGUCCAGUGUCCCGUCGUGGAGGGAACUGAAGCUACUCUGACACUGCACUUGCCAAUGAUUCCAAAUACAUAA